UCUGAUCAUCUCCAUUUGCGGCUUUACCGUCUGCCACUUUUUACUCUUCAGUAUUCCACCGCUUAUUUUCCCAUUCCCAGAAGCUCUCGAAAUCCUGAAGAAGAAGAGAAACAGUUGCAGGCAGGGAGCCAUGUCUUCUCCGAGCAAGCGCAGGGAAAUGGAUUUGAUGAAGCUGAUGAUGAGUGAUUAUAAAGUGGAGAUGGUAAACGAUGGGAUGCAGGAGUUCUUUGUUGAUUUCCAUGGACCUAAAGACAGUCUGUACCAAGGAGGCAUAUGGAAGAUCAGGGUGGAGCUUCCUGAUGCUUACCCCUACAAAUCUCCCUCAAUUGGUUUUGUGAAUAAAAUAUAUCACCCAAAUGUGGAUGAAAUGUCUGGAUCUGUAUGUUUGGACGUCAUUAACCAGACUUGGAGCCCUAUGUUUGAUCUUGUGAAUGUAUUUGAAGUUUUUCUUCCACAACUUCUCUUGUAUCCAAAUCCUUCAGAUCCAUUGAAUGGAGAGGCCGCUGCUUUAAUGAUGCGGGAUAAAACUGCCUAUGAACAAAAAGUAAAAGAGUAUUGUGAAAGGCAUGCGAAGCAUGAAGCAGCUGGAGCUUCUCAGGAAUCAAGUGAUGAUGAGAUGUCAGACGAUGAAUAUGAUUCCAGUGAUGAAGCAGUUGUUGGGAAGGCAGAUCCCUGAAAAGGUCAUAAUUCCACUUCUCCAAAUUUCCCUUAAAAUAAAUUUGUAAAUUGAAAUUUGGCACUCCCAGCUAUUACUUCAUUGUGUUGCAUAAAUAGAUGUAAAUUCAUACAUUCUGCAAGGUUGAUUUUGUAAAUGUUGGAUUAUUCUGCUAAUAAAGUUAUUGCCAUAGCUUUAUUUGCCUGUAGCUAAGUUCUGUC